AUGGCUUCAUUGGCUUGCUAUAAUCCAGCAAAAGCGACAAAAAACUUGUUGUCAAAGUACGAAAAGUCGCCGCCCUCCCUCUCUAUCCACCUCUAUCCUUCGCAUUGGACCCUCGGAGAGUCCAAGCCAUUAUCGUACAGCAGCGCGCUUAGUUCGCUGCUGAAGAGCGUACAUGAUCGGAUUCUUCCCAUCGACCUAUUACCCGUGUUUGAAGAUAGGAAAGUGCCGUUCUACGAAGGAUGUAUGAUUGUUGAAGUCUGCAAGCACGCGAAUGACCCCAAUGCUCAGCCCAAGAAUCCCGAUGAGAAGCCAGCAAAAAAGGAUGUGGCCCGAGAUCGACGAGUGCUUUGGCCCACAUCCGAGUCUCUGUUCCUCGAUAUCGCAAACAUCAAUGGAAAAAAUGGAUCCAACAUGUCCGAUAUGGACGCUCUGAACAUUGAGUCCAGCAUACUGCUGGCAACGGCUCCUCCUCUUUGUUUAACGCCAGACCCGAUUGUGUCUCGUAUUGCAAAUGCGUUACUCAUCGCAGGUCACAUUGAAGGCUCCGGUAAGACACUCUCGUUGGGAACCAAGCGCAAACGUCUCGGAGAUAGCACUGAGGAUGUUGCGCUACGGGAGAAACGGGCGAAGCUGCUUUCUGUAAUGGAUCCGAGGGCUGGAAAGCCGGCUGUGCCCCGAGGGACAUCUCGGUUUGAGCUCAUGCUCAAAGCGAGGGACCGGAAGGCAAGUGAAGCAACUACCACUGCCCAGCAGGCUGUUCCUGCACAACACCCGAUUAUUCCAGCACCGCAAGCACCGGCUCCUCCUGUCUCUCAACCACCUCUCCCUUCCGGCGCGGUAGAUAUGGUGGAUAAGUCUGGACUGAAGAAGAAAAUACCGCCAAAGCCGAAGAAGGCCCCAUCAGUCCCAAAGUCAGAACUGCAGCAGGGAUUUUUGGGCCUCGCUUUACCCAUACAAGCCAAACCACCCGAUCAAUCCAGUGGUGGCCCCGCCCCUCCUCCGCCCAUCAAUACCAAUGUUCGGGCACCGUCUGUUGCCACCACGAUAUCUGCUGGUCCGUCUGCUACUCCAGCAAGCGCGACCUCAAAGAAGAAGAUAAAUAUGCGCCCUGGUCCCGCGAGGCCAGUUGUUCCUAUCUCUCAGACGGCGGCGGCGGCAGCAGCAGCCGCUGUUGGUUCUUCAAUCGCCGCAAGGCCGGGCUCCAGCGUUGCCCCGAGUCCUUCCCCAGCAUCCUCGAAUGUCCCGCUUGCUGCCUUGGCACAGAACGCUGCCACGAACCAGGGUCCGAAGAAGAAGGCAAAAGUAACCGUGCAAGUCAAUCGUGGCCCUUCGCAACCUGCCACUGGACCGAGCACCGUACCAUCUACACAGACAUCGCCGCAGUCCGGACUCGCGGCAAGUGGGGCUCCUUCUAUGCCCGACGCGGCCGCCACCCACAUGCCGCACUUGAAUAUGGGCGUGCCUGCGGCUUUCGCUGCUCUCAACCCACAACAUCCUUACUACAUGCAAGCUCUCGCGAACGCCAGCCAGCAGCAUCUAGGCAACAUUGUGAACCCCGCGAGUUUGCAGAACAUGGCAGCUUUGGCGAAUAUGAGACAACCCCCCAGUCAGACAAUGCUAAAUACACAAGCUGGCAUUGUGAAUACGUCCGCAGCCAUGCAGCAGAGUUCAUAUGUCAAUCGGGCAAUGUCUCAGGGCAAUCCACAACGUACAGGUGGAGGUGCUGGGAAUGGGCAGAUCUCAGACGAACUGCUGAACCGUGCGGCCCUGGCCUAUCUGCAAGAGUCACAGGGUUUGACAAGCUUGACGGAUACCGAAAAGGCAGGGUUCACCGCCGUGUUGCGCAAUGCUCAGGCGCAGGGUGACCCUCGACUCGGUCGGGCUCUCAUGUUGGGGAAGCAGGCCAUGGCACAUGCUGCUAGCCAGAAUCGCGGUGUGGCUGAAGGAUCGCAGCAACAAGCCCUGGCACAGCUCCAACAACCUCAGCCUCAACCUGCCAGCCACAUGCCUGGUCAGCAGAGGGUGUCAACACCGGCAGAGCAGCACCAACGCGGACCCACGCCUACAAUUUCGCCACAUCAGGCCACCCCAAGCAUGCAGGUCCAACAGAUGCCUACGCCAGUACUUCAGGGACAGCGCGUCGCAACACCAGCCUCGCAGACUGCGUCGACGCCCGCAUUGAUGCCUGCAGCUGCCCAGCUCAAUCCUCGUGUCGUUCCCAAUACUCAGCAGCAACAGCGUAUGCAGCAGGUCCAGGCUCAACAAGCUCGCCUUGGUGUUCCUGGACAGAUUGCUAUCAGUGGUCAACAAGGCAGGGUGACUCCCAACCCCCAAAUAGGGUCCACGCCUCGGAUGACACAAUGGUCUCAGCAGCAACUUCAAUACCAGAUGCAGCUCCAACAAGCGCAGCAACAGCAACAGCAACAGCAAUUUGUCCAGCAGCAGGUAGUUCAGCAACAACAACAGCAACGGCAGCAACGGCAACAGCAGCACCUACAACUGCCAGCGCUCGCCACGAUUGUCAAUGACAAUCCGCUCGUUUUGCCCCAAGUCUUAUCAAAGAUCCCGGUGCCUAACAGAGCAGCAUUCAUUCAGAGGCUGCUACCCCAGGUGCAGAACCAGGCGCAGCAGUUCCUCCUUGCCCAAGCUGCCGCUGCGGCACAGUUUCAGCAACAACAACAGCAGCAACAGCAGCAGCAACAACAGCAACCAUUUCCCACCUUCCCACAGGGUCAGCAGGGUCAACAACUGCAAUGGCCGACAGGAUAUCCAACGAGUGGUGUGUGGCCACAGCAGGGACAACAGUGA